UGAGUGUGUGUGUAGUUGUGUGUGUGUGUAGUUGUGUGUGUGUGUGUGUGUCCUUGUCAGGGUGAAGGGAAAUCUGCAGCUCGUCUUCACAGCGCCACAGACAUGAAUCACCUGCUGAAACUUCCUGUUCUGGCUCGUCGUGCCUUCAGCACCUCGACCAGACAGCUGACUAACAGAGUCCCAGAGGCCCAGAAGAUCUUCCUGGCGGACAACGGCCUUCCUGUCCACAUCAAGGGAGGAACGACUGACGUCAUAAUGUACCGGAUCACCAUGACGAUAACCCUCGCAGGAACCUGCUACUCUCUGUACUGGCUGCUCUACGCUGCCAUGCCUCAUAAGAAGUAGAAGAAGAAGAGAGGAGGCUCGUCUCCCGCAUGCAGCCGGACGCUCGGCUCUCUAAUGUUUGUUGUGUACGUUUCUUUGAUUUCAUCAUCAUGACCUCAUCAUGUAAAACUUUAAAAACUGUUAAAAGACUUUAAAUCAACUCUGCAGAGUU